GGGAGCGGGCAGUUCGGUUGUGUCUAGUUUACUUGUCCAGUCUUCACUUCACACAAAAUGUUGCUCCGUCGCCUCAUAUUGACGGUAUACGUCUUCCCGGUCUUUGGCGGGAGAGGCCGGAGCGGCGGAUACGGGGGCUCCAGCCAGCGGGUUUCCUAUCCAUCCGGCCACGGCUUGUCUGGAACGAGCCGAGGCUAUCCUUACGGGCAGGGCACGAGCUACAAUAGAGGGUAUCCAUCGAGCAACAGGGCCGGCUACCCCCCUAGCGGCGGCUUAUCAGGAAAUGGGAAUACCAGAACAGAGAUCCAUCAUCAUCAUCACCACUAUUCCCCGCCGCAGCACAUCAGCUACGGAUCAACAUACCAUCCUGUCUACCACGGCACCCCACCCGUAUACGUAUACCAGUAUAGAAACUCCGGUAGCCGAUUCGAUACCUUACUAACCGGCCUCGCGCUUUAUAACCUGGGAAGGAUGUCAGCCCAUCAAGACAGCUAUAGACGGUACGGAUCGGAGUACAGAUCGAGUCCAGGAGAGAUGUGCAAGCUGGCUAUUAGUCGUCGAAACGGCGAGUACGAGGAAACACGCGUGGACUGCAGACUAAUGUCCAGCUUUAUAUGGGACGCGGAGCGAGAAUCGAAGACAGUUUCAACGCAUACAGUUGUCUCGCAAACCGUAAUAAAUAAUGGAACUACAGUACAAAACACUACGGUAGUCGACGCGUUACAGGUGAAAGGACCAUCUUUACAAGUGACUCCCGGAAUGGACUGUUUCAUGAUAAGAAUAUCCAGGGAUACUUCCCAACUAAGAAGGCGAGUGGAUUGCGCGCUGCUGCAAGAAUAUGCUAUACGGUCUUACAAUAACUGUGAUAAUCUCAAGUCUUUGCCGCUAGUUUUGCUGUGUUGUAUUGUGUUCUUAUUUUCUAAUAAAUAA